UCCUCGCCAAGGCUGCUGGCCUCUCGGGGCGGGCACUGAGCUCCCAAAGAGCCCUGCGCGGCGUGGGGCCAACCUGUAGCGAGGCAGGGCCGUCCAGGGCGCGCGUGGAGGCAGCCCCGGCGAAACUCCGGGCUCCGGGCAGGGCUUUCCGACUGGCACGGGCGGAGCAGGGGCUCCUUGAGGUCCUCCAAGGCAGCCGCAUGCGCCGCUCGGGGAAAGGCACCAAAUUCAAAACCGUGGAAGGCGAAAGUCGGGGGGACAGCGAGGGAAGCGAGGAGGAGGAGGAGGAGGAGACGGCAGCGGCGGUGGGAGGAGGGCCAAAGUGAGAGGGAGAGCAUCAGCAUAAGAAAAAGAAGACGAAGGGCUGGGGGAAGAGGAGGAGGAAGGAGGAAGGGGUGGGAAGCAAGCCCAGGCGGCUCUCUCCCCAGCCGGCAGUCUCUCCAGUCCAGAGGGAGCCUCCACGCUGCCUCCCAGUCCUCGUCCAUUGCCUCCCUCCUGAAGUUUCACCGAAGCCUGGGGAAAUCUCAAGGACCCGACAAUCCCAUCCCAACCCCGGCGUGGUCUCUCUUUUGCCAGCAAGCCGCACCAUGGUAGACCGGGGCCCGCUCCUCACGUCCGCGAUCAUCUUCUACCUGUCCAUCGGGGCGGCGAUCUUCGAGGUCUUGGAGGAGCCCUAUUGGGAGCGAGCCUCGAGGAACUACAAGCAGAAGAAGACCCAGCUGCUCAAGGAAUAUCCCUGCCUGGGCCAGGAAGGGCUGGACAAGAUCCUGCAGGUGGUAUCAGAAGCUGCUGGACAAGGAGUUUCUAUUGAAGGCAAUGACACAUUCAACUACUGGAACUGGCCUAAUGCUGUCAUCUUUGCUGCUACUGUGAUUACAACCAUUGGGUAUGGAAAUGUCGCUCCAAAAACUUCAGCUGGACGGCUUUUCUGUAUAUUUUAUGGACUCUUUGGAGUUCCUCUCUGUUUAACAUGGAUCAGUGCUUUGGGGAAGUUUUUUGGUGGACGUGCCAAAAGGUUGGGCCAGUUCUUGACAAAAAGAGGAGUAAGCCUGAGAAAAGCACAAAUUACAUGCACAGCUAUUUUCAUCAUCUGGGGAGUCCUGGUCCACCUAGUCAUUCCUCCUUUCAUUUUUAUGGUAACUGAAGGCUGGGAUUAUAUUGAAGGCCUCUACUUCUCAUUUAUCACCAUUACCACCAUUGGAUUUGGAGACUAUGUUGCCGGUGUGAAUCCAAACAUAAGCUACCAUUCCCUCUACAGAUAUUUUGUAGAGCUGUGGAUCUACCUGGGUCUGGCUUGGCUUUCCCUCUUUGUCAACUGGAAAGUCAGCAUGUUUGUAGAGGUUCAUAAAGCCAUCAAGAAACGAAGGAAAAAAAGGAAGGAGUCCUUUGAAAAUCACCCUCCUACUAAGAAAUCCCUUCCAGUGUCUAACCCAAAAGAUGUGAACAUUUUCAGCUUCCUUUCCAAGAAGGAAGAGACUUACAAUGAUCUCAUAAAACAGAUUGGAAAGAAGGCACUGAAAACAAGUAAUGACAAAAUUCUGAAUGCUGAACAAGGCAAGCCAAACCUACAGCAUUCCAACAAAGACUUCAAAGUGAUGUACACAAAGAACAAAUUGUUUGACUAUGAUGAGAUUUCUUUUGGACUCCCAAACUAUCACGUUAUGAGGCAUCUAACUGACAAACGUAGUGGGGAUAGCUCAGUUGAAGGCAAUGUGUUUGUAAAUCAGCUGGAUCGGAUAAGUGAGGAAGAAGGAGAAGCAUGGGAUUCCAGAGACUGCCGACCUCUGAUCUUUGAAAAUGCCAAUAUAACAUUUGUAAAUGAAGAUGAUGAAGAAGAGGAGGACAUUUCAGAUGAUGAAGAAACUUCCAAAUCAUCUAUGGAUGAUAAUAUCACAGAGGAACCUGAGAGUCCACAAAAACUAAUGAAAUUUUCAUCCUCUGAUGAAUCUACCUUUACCAGCAAUGAGUUAGAAGUAUCUGUGCCUUAUGAACAGUUAAUGAAUGAAUACAACACAGUGAAUGCUGCAAAUACAGGAACGUGAGGGGAUACAUUUUGCUAAUGGUUCCUAUAAGAUCAUUUAAUGAUUUUGAACGAAUGUUUGAAAAGAUGAGCACAUUGAAGGUGCAUGAAGGCAUUUUCCACCAGUGCCUUCCAUAUGCAAACUGAAGACAUUCAUUGCCUGGAUGUUAUCUGUAAAUGUCUUUUGAAAAAAAUCAGUUUUGCUUACUCACUGUGAAGGAACAAUUCUGAAAAUCUGAGGGUUACUUUAGGGAGUUGGUGGUUCUCGAAACUGGGAAGAAAAGACUAGAAUUCUUGGGCCUGUUCAGUAUUUUGUUUCUUUUCUUAGGAAAGAGUGAUUCAGAGAUGGUAGUCAAUUUGGAUUGAGUUGAUUGCAUAACAUGGUUGGUUGCUGCACUAAUUCUUCAUAUCUGAAAAACUGGUUUCAAAUCAAGCUUAGGUGCAGAAUAGAAAGGGUUAUUGGAAUUAACUUGAUUGCUUUGGGAUGGAAGAAUCAAGUUGAGAUAGGUUGACUAGGGAACUUGAACAGUAUCUGCUCAAGUUGUUUUAGCCCCAAUGUUAUUGUGAGCGGAAAUACCAUGAACAAAACCAUGCAAUACAGGAAUGAUGUUGUGGAGGCAUUAUGCAAAAAAUUACUUGUGACUUAACCCUCCUGGUAAUUGUGAAAAACACAUCUAACGUUAAGUAACAUAGAAUGGUGCAAAAUGGUGUUUAGAAGACUGGUUUAAAAAUGAAGAAAACACACUAACAAAACUUGUGUUUUGUGUCGUAAGUGCCCUUCCACUGUCCAUGCUCUAGAGGAAAUACUUGAAUAAAUUUCAUGUACAGUUGUCUCUAAAUGAAGUGAUGGUGUUCCUUUUGAAUGACACCGUAAUUUAAAAUAGCAAAACAGCAUGACUAUCUUAAUCUCCAUCUAAAGGAUCUUAGAGCUGCUUUGUUCCUUGUUAUAGUUAGUGGCUCUGCUUCUAGAAAUGUCUAUCAUUUGCCACUCCAGUUGGUACUUUGAAUAAGUAAUAUUUGUUAUGACACAAAUAUUUUCAUGUAGGUAUUUUAACUGAUUUUUCUAAUGUAGGUAUUUUAACUGUUUUCUAAAUAAACGGAGAACCUCAGCUUGUUUUGCUGAACUGCCACAUAGACAUGAAGGCAAAGGUAUGAGAACUACAUUAGAAUACAGCCAUGAUGGCAAGGAGCUUCAGCAGAUACUUAGACUUGCACUGUCAAAAAGACUAAUUGACUUUAGGGUUGCUAUUUUUCCUAAAAAGGAAAUUACCUGUGCCUUUAAAGCUAUUGUAGCAGAAUUGUGAAAAACAAGGUGUUCUAAAGAGUGUUAACAAUUGCUUAGGGAUCCAGUUGUAAGCCACUCCAAUAUUAAUUUUUAAUUGUAUGUUGUUCUUUCUAUGGUUUGAGUCCAAAAUUGAAAUACCCUAUAAGAGCUAAAAGCCUUAGGAAUUGGGUGAUUUUUGAAUCUAACCUUGUAAAAGAGGCCAUGUGGAAUUUUGCAAUACUAAUCUUGAAUGAUUAGACACAUACAAAACUGUUUGUAUUAGCUAAUGAUUCACUUCUGAGUGGUGGAAGUGAUAGUACACUGUUCCCAUCAUUAAAAUAACUGUAAAAAUGUAUACACUCCUAUUAGAAACUCUUCAUGGAAGAAUACCGUAGCUUGAAGGCAUUUACUGUAAAAGGUGGUCUCCAUCCAUUUCUACAGGAAAUUUGCACUGUAUGUGCACAAAAGGUUACAAUGAAACCUAAUUAAAAAGGAAAUCAAGCAGUUCUGUUUGCUUGUACCUUUCUAGAUGUGAAGUUACUCCACUGGAUUUCCCAUUAUUAGCAUAUAUGUGGUGUGAUUUUAGCCAUGGCCAAGUUCUAGUCCUAAAGGUGCCUUGUUCUUCUUGGUGCCUCUAUUAUUUAUAUAAAGAGAGAAACUGGUUCUAGACUGAUUUUUUUCUUCUGUAAGACGACUUUUGACAUCAGAAGUUGACAUCAUAUAAUUUGAACUCAAAAUUGCCAUCUUGCUGUUACAUCAGUUACAACUAUAACUAAGAGCAACGGUUUCGUUACAGCUGUAAGAUAAAUUUCAUGGCAGAUGGACACACUGGGAACAGCGCAGAGUCUCGUUUUUGUUGCAAAAGCAAACAUGGUUUUAGUGAACAUCAUUCUAUAAAACUGACAUUCUAUUGUAGUGUGUCUUCCAUGAAUGAAUGGUUUAAAACAUUUCUAUCUGCACUAAAAAUGAAGUACAGAACGGUGUACAUAAUGAAUGUUUAAUUCCUUAAAUGUUUCAAACUCAAUACAGAACAGAAAGAAAGUAUGUGUGAUUAUUUUACAAUGUUGUUUCUUUUUGAUGUGAUUGUUGCAUUGUAUGGUCCAUGUGAAGAACUGCAAAGGGAAGCAGAAAAAAAGUGAUUCAAGCUUGAAGUUGAGGCCCUUUCCUAUUAAAGCCUCUCUCUUUGUUGCAUUUACAUAUGAGGGUAGUUGAUAUGGCAAAUCAGUUUGGUGCUAUUUUUACACAUCAGACAUAGGGUGUUUCUUCCUAUGUAUCAGGAACUUAAACAUUUCUAAAGGUUAACUAGGCCAAAUUUUCCUUGUUUGAAACCAAGAGAAAUUUGAUACAUGUAAGCAUAAAGUUGUUAGGCUUCAUUGUUUUACACAAUGCUUUGAAAAAAACUCCUCCAAGUCAAAUCAGUAAAGAUGUACUACAAGCAUCUGGAUCAUUGAUCACCUUAACUUUGAACCAGCUAUAUCACGUGAUUGUAAAUGGCUGAAAUAUCAGCUGUAUUUUAAAUUAAAAAGUGGCCUGAACAAGGAAUAUGUGCUCACUUCAUUAAAAGGUAGACAUAAUAUGGGUUUAUCAGAGAGCUGAUCUGCUUUAGCACUAUGCUGAUCAGAAAUAAUGUCUUCCUUGUCUUAAGGGGAGCCUCAGUCUUUAGUCUAAGUCAACUUUAGAUAGGAUAUCACAAUCCUUAAUUCCCGGAGAGGACUAUUUGAAGUGAUUUGACUAAUUUGAUUUCACAGCUGUCUUUUGAAAGAUGUGCACAAUGUGAAACAAUGUGAAAUGUAAAGUGUUUGAUCAGUUUUCUUUGAAUUAAAAGGUUAGGAUUUAAUGGAGUAACCAUAUCUUGUCUGUGUUCAUGCUUAUAAUUUAGGUACUUACAGAAGGGAUUUAAAAUAUAAAAAGAUGGCUGCUACCCUUCAGAAAUACUUCCCAUCAAUCUCAACCAAGAUGUAGACUAAGAAACCCAAUCAGUGCUGCAUUCCCUUCCCACCCCCAUCCAACAGCCCAACCACUAUUACUUAAAUUAGAGCAACCUGCUAUCCUGCACAUAGGGGAGGAUAUAGCUCCAAAUAUGGACCCAAAGAUUCAAGUAAUUUCCUUUGUAUUAUUCAUCAGAGUAUGUAAUUUUCACAUGAUUGGAUUAGCCAAACAUGAGACCACUCCAGGAGCUGAGAUUGUCUAUUUAAUAGUCUCACAGUAAGAUGUUAAACUGCUAGAGAUUUGAUCUCUGAAACAUAGAUCCAGUGUUAUCUUGCUGAAAGGUUUUUGUUUAUAUUCUGUUACAAAACUGAGCCACAGACAAUGCAGUUCUGUUAUAAGUUGAUGUAAAUGCAGCAUAUCAUUCCAGCUGUUCUUUUAAAGCAGGCCACUAAGAGCCAUGAAUCCAAUACAGCAGUCCGAAUUAAGCAACAUUUUGAAAAGUCUUUUUUCACUGUAAAGACAUGAUUAACUCCAUUGCUUUGCUUAUGAUGGGUGUAGCAAAACAUAAGGUCAAAACAUCACAUAUUGGUGUCUUGCUAUUCUGAAUGUGGCUUGAGUCAUCCAUUGAAUUUAUUGAAAUACUCUUAGCAUCUUUUGUGAGAAUGAAAGCACAACAGCUAUAGCUGCCUGGUCUUAAAAGUUAUGUAACAGUUUGACCUGUUUCCAUGCCCUCUAAGCUGCACUAAACUUUUAGAAGAUGGGGACUAUCGUUCACAUGUUCCUUGAAGUAUGUAGAGUCCCUACAAUCUUGCCUUUGUCACUCCAUUACAUGAACAAAUCUGUUUUGUUUUGAUCUGUUCUUUUGUUUCCUGAUUGUUUCACUGGAAUCACUGUAUGUAAAUAUUAAACUUUGUACAAUGUAAUUUAUUUUAACAUUUUUUCAAUAAAAAGUGAACUUAAAAAAAGAAGAA